AAAGUACAUCACAUGAUCAGCUGAUGACUUCCCCUCUCUUGAUGGGUAUAGGAUUUUCAUCCUUCGCUUUCCCUAUUCACAAGACUGAAGGAUCGAUAUCCUUCUAGCCUUCUAAACUAGGAUUUAUAAAACAAAUAGAUUAUACUUCAGAAUUUGUGUUUCACAUAUUUGACAACAAAACUGGCGCUUUUGUUUGACUGCAUUAUGAACGGACACGCCAUUCUCUACACCGGGGUCACUUUGGCCUUCUGGAGUACAAUUCUCAUCGUCGGAAUAUGCUACACAAUAUUUGACCUGGGAUUUCGCUUUGAUGUUGCAUGGUUUUUGACAGAGACAUCUCCUUUUAUGUGGGCAAGCCUUGGGAUUGGCCUAGCCAUUUCCCUCUCUGUCGUCGGGGCAGCCUGGGGCAUUUACAUCACUGGAUCCAGCAUCAUUGGGGGUGGUGUCAAAGCCCCCAGAAUUAAAACCAAGAAUCUUGUCAGCAUCAUUUUCUGUGAAGCUGUUGCUAUCUAUGGAAUUAUUAUGGCUAUUGUCAUUAGCAACAUGGCAGAGAACUUCAGUGGCACCACACCAGAAACCAUUGGAGCAAGGAACUACCAAGCAGGUUACUCCAUGUUUGGUGCUGGUCUUACUGUCGGCUUCUCAAACCUCUUCUGUGGCAUCUGUGUUGGUAUCGUUGGUAGCGGGGCUGCCUUGGCAGAUGCGCAAAAUGCCAGUCUCUUUGUCAAAAUCCUCAUUGUGGAAAUCUUUGGCAGUGCCAUUGGUCUGUUUGGAGUCAUUGUGGCCAUCUUGCAGACAUCAAAAGUAAAAAUGGGAGACUAGAAGAGAGGUCACUAUGAGGUUCCAUGGAGGACGAGCUACAGAGGUGCAAAAGACGGAGUGUGUAAAUAUAGUAAAUUAUUUAAAUGUCAUUUUUCUUCUGUCUGUGAUUUAUUUUUCUUUGUACAUUUUUAACCAUCAUUUGCUGAACAGUGACAUGUUUGUCUCGAAGAAGUGCAAAACCUGUGGGUAAUUUACUGGUCCUAGGGGUGGAAUCCUUUUCCAAAUCUAAAAGAAUGAAAGCGCACAUUAAUUGAUGAAGCAAAUAAAUAGCCAUCUUCCACCUGUAAGAUUAAGACAAGAUAUUAAAUGGGUGAAAAUUGCUAUAUAUUUUUAAUGUGAAGACUACUUAAAUAUUCUGCAUGAUCUUUUAUUUGAAAGUUAAAUGGAAUGUCUCACGAUAAUGUGCUUUUUGAGUCUAUUUGGGUAAGAAUAUAUAUAUAUAUAUAUAUGAUGGUACAUAUGUGAAAAUCUUGUAUAAUUUACUGUAUGUGGUGUUCUGUACUGUAUAUGAAAGUGAGAGGUGCAACAAAGUGGUGAUCCCCAUUGGAUGGUGUAAAAUACAGUAUUCAGUUCCAUUGUAUGCAUAAAUGUGAUAACAAAGUGAAUACUAUUUUCAAAGUCAGUAACCCAGCUACAGUAUUUUUUUUUUUUUCUGGCUCCCUGAGCAACUUCCAUUCUUUCCUAAAUUGUGUAGAGUAAUGUGCACAGGAGUUGUAGAAGACUGCAGUUUUUUUUGAGACAAAUGCAAUUUCAAAUAACCUGCUUGAAAGAGGCUUUUUCUCUGAAUGUUUGUAAGGUCAGUCUUCUGUGUCUGUCUGUGAAGUCCCCAUUUCGAGUGGCACUCUUCAGUUACUGGUUGGUUAAAAACUAAAGGAUAUUGUAAUCUAUCGUGUGGGUGUACAUACACGUAAUGUGUGUGUGUGUGUGUGUGUAUGUGUGUAUAUAUACACACACACACACAAAAAGGGCAGGUGUUUAUUUCUAAAGCAUGGUAGUGUCCACCAUUCCAGUUCUGUUUUAUUUUUAACCCUUUCGUCCCCACAGUGUAUUAUGGGCACACAAUCGACUUCAUAUUCUUAAUUCCUUAUGUAAAAUAAACACAAAACCAUAUCCCAGGUCAAUCUGUAUUCUAUGGUUGAGUUCAAGUUGGUUCUGCUACUGCACGACCACACGCCCCUCUCCCCUGGCCCGUUUGCCAUCUAUCUUUCUUUGUGGCACUUACAAAGCUUCCAUGGUCUUUGUUGGAUCUUCACCCUUGUCAGGGACACUAGUCAUACAUGUCAACUUAUACAGAUUGCCUGUAAAUUAUACAGCUUUCCCCCCAUGCAACUUUCUUAUGGAUGUAUACCUGAAAUCAUAUGGAUUUUAACGCCCCACUUCCGGACCUCACAGAUUUUCUAUGGACUUUCCAGAUUGUUCCAGAGGGUUUUACAGUUGGGCGACCGAAGGGGUUGACAUGUACAUGUACUGUGGUUCACAGCUUGACUUAGGAAUCACCGGUCCCAUUUUUUUUUACAGACACUUAGAAGAGUAGUACAGUCGACCAGUUUGCCUUCUGUUUGGUUUUUGUAUUUUCUGUGUCUGUGAGUGUGUGAAAAAUGUUUGAAUUUUUUUUUUUGUCACCGUUUUCAGUAAUAAGUUGACAGACAUAGAAGAGAAAUUUGCUCUCCUUGUGGAUAUGUACCAACGAUAUCUUUGCCCUCUCAAAUAUACAUGGCUGGAAGAAGCUCAGUUGCGUGUUGACCUUUUUUUUUGUUGUUGUCUCCUUAUUUUAGCCCCAAGAGUUCUGGUUUUUUUUUUCUUACACAUUCCAUUACCGUCCUCAUAGCAAAAGUCAACGCUGCUCUACAUGCCUGUGGAGGCGGUCAGAACACAGGCUUCCUUCUGGAGGAGGGGAUUGUGCUUAUGGCCGUGCAAUCUUUCCGAGCCUCUUAAUUGAUUAUCCUAAUUGUGUGAAGGAUCUCCAAGACCAUCAUCGGUAGUCUUAGUUAGAUGCUCUCCAGGAACUGAAGAUAGGCCUCCCACCCUUUUUUUAAAUGUGGCUGUUUGCUCUGUGGUUGUGGUGAUCCCAUUGUUUUGAUGUGUAAAAGUGAAUCCUCUUGGUUCCCUAACUGUCCUUGAACAAAAUUAAAAAAACUGGUGAAAUCAA